UGCGGACUGACUCGCGGCGGUCGGCCACGUACGGGCUCAACGAUGCCGAGUCACAGCAAGCGACCGACAUUGUAUGGUCCCGGUUCAUGGGCCUGGUCAUGGUUGCCGUCGGCUGUGUCAUCUCGCUCGCUCUGCUUGUCAACAUCACCCUCUCGCGCGCCACCCAUCGCCUCUUCCCCAUCGCCCUCCUCACCACCCUCCGCGGCGCCGGCGCCAUCAUCAACCUCGCCAACCCGACGCCCGGCCGGCUUCAGCUUGUCGUGCCCAUUGUGGUUUUCCAGGUCAUCUUCAUCACCGUCCUUCUCCUGCUCAUGUUCCGGACCCACGUCCCGACCGACAUCUCCCUCGACGACGCCUCGUCGGCCGCCGUCUCCUCCACCUGCUCCAAGCUCCACCACGGCGAGGUCGUCGACUACCUCGUCGCUCUCGACUCGUGGCUCGAGCUUCGCGACGUCCGCCGUAUCUACGCGCGUGCUCUCAUCCGCGGCCGCGCUUACUUUCUCGGCAUCACCCUCCUUGUCCUCGCCCUCGCCAUCGGCAACUUUGUCUUUGAGUUCCGCAAGGUCCUCUCCACUCAGGGCGAGUACCUCCCGCAGGCCGACAUCGACGCCCUCAAUUCGCGCUCUGACAUCAACGCUUACUUUGGCCCGGGCCGGACCCAGAACACCACCAAGGUGCUCAUGGUCCUGCUCGAUGGCUUCCGCUACGACUUUCUCUCGCGCAACUCGGCCAUGGCCGCCUUUCUAGCCUCAUCCAAGAUAGCGCCCACGCCCGGACGUACCGGAUGAAGGUACAGCUCCCAUCGAUGUCUGUUCCAAACUGGGUCACCUCGCUCACCGGCGCCCCACCCGAGCUCACGGGCGUCCUCGGCAACCUGCUCAUUCCCGAGACCAAGUACGACUCGAUCUACAACGAGGCCCAGAUCUACGGCCUCAACCGCGGCAUGACUGCGUCGCCAUGGAUGUCCGACAUUGUCAAGUCAACGCUUCCGUUCCUCUCCGGCGACGGCACCCUCUCGCCGUCGACGCUCCCCAAGGUCAACGGCGUGCCCAUCUCGGUCGGCCGCCCAACCGCUGACCCGGCCGACGACCUCCGCGCCGCGGUCGCUAAGCAGGCCAUCGCCCUCCAGGGCUCUGCCCUCGAGUACGGUCUCUUCCUUGCACACUUUUCUGACGUCGACAUGCAGGGCCACUCGUUUGGCGUCUCCAAGACCUACAACAGCGACGACUCGUACAACGGUGCCGUGACCAACAAGACCCGCAUUCUUGACGAGCUCACCGAUGCGCUUGACGACGACACCGUCGUCUUUAUCUUUGCCGACCACGGCCACGUCAACCGCGGCGGCCACGGCGGCGUCCAGGACGAGCUCACAAACGUCCCGCUCAUCAUCUACCGCAAAAACUCCAACUUUGCCUCGACGCCCUACUCGGGACCGGCCUUUAGCGGCCAGAUCGAGAACACCGACCUCGCCCCGACCGUUGCCGCCAUCCUCGGCAUGCCGGUCCCGCGCCAGGCUACCGGUCGCUUCAUCACCGACGCUCUGGUCUUUGCCUCGCAACCCGCCCGCACCCUCCACUACUACGACCUCUUUGUCCAGAAGCAGCGCUUUGUCGCCGCCUUUCUCGGCACCGUGCCCGAGUACAAGGCCAUCGACUCGGACCUGGUCUACGGCAACCACACCGGCGAGUCGGAGGAGUUCUACAAAGUCGGCGUCGACCGCCUCGUCUCCACCUGGCGCGCCGCCCGCGCGCAUGCUCUCCGCAUGUGGAUCCUCCGCAACGCCAUGCUCACCCUCAUCCUCAACAUCAUUGUCCUCAUCGUCGUGGCCUACGUCCUGCAAGUCUACACCUUUGUCGACCUCUCGCUCGUUCUCCGCUGCUGCUGCUGCUCGCGGUUUACCGGCGAGGCCGACCGCGCCAAGAACAUCAAGGCCCUCGCCUGGGCCUUCUGGUCCGUCGCCGCCUUUUACUUUUUCUCCAUCGGCGCUUUUGUCCUCCUCUACCUCUGGUACGGCCACACCAUUGACGAGUGGGAGUCGACUCUCAUCCACACGCCGGGCGUCGUCCCGCGCUUUGUCGCCUACGUCAUCUGCCCCUCUUCGCUCGCCGCCUUUCUCGUCGUCCGCUCCUACCACGUCUCAGCACUCGCCUUCCGCAAGAUCGUGCCCGGCUCGUCGUGGCGCGCCAAGCUCCGCGUCGUUGGCCUCAACUUUCUCAACCUCUUUGCCGACUCGUCGGCUCAGAUCAACCACCCCGAGUUCAUCUACCUUGCGCGGUACUACACCGCUGCCAUGGCGCUUGUCGGCGUCCUCACCGUUUUUCUCGCCGAGGCCACUUUUACCGUCCUCGUCCCGCUCAUCUUUCGCGUUCCCUUUGUCACGCCGGCCUUUUGGGGCCUCCGCUUCCGCCUCCUCACCGUCCAGAUGAUGACCAUUCCGUUCAUCAUCGCCACUAUGGUCGAGGUCUACCUCUCCGGCCGCGGCCUCGACGACUACCGCGAUGAUGCCGCAGACCCGGUCUACAUCCUCCGCGUCCGCAAAGACGCCCGCUCGGCGCUCGGCAAGCGCGCCUCGGUCGCCGACGUCGACUCGACAAACGCCGUACUCGUCCUCCAGCGCCAUCACUCGGAGCGCUUCAACAACAUUCACACCACCGAGGACCUCCUCCACGCCACCGUCCCGCAGGCCUCCAUCGUUCAAGCCUCGGAAGCAACCCCGUCGGCCUCCAAGCCGCUCCCCCAUCACGACAACGGCUCGUCACGCUACCACAUGCCCACCAACGGCUAUGCCGCUGUCGACGCGCACACCGCCGACAGCGAUGACAGCGACAACAGUGACGGUGACCUCGAGCUUGGUCCCGUCGCCUCUAUGCCCACUGCCUCGGGCUCAGGCGCCUCCUCCUCGUCAGUCUCGCCCUCCGAGUACACGAGCGUCUAGCUGCCGGCUUCCCCACUCGUCUCCUGCACAAACACAGCGCAUGCUUGAACACUUUAUCCGCGUUUCUUCACAACAUGGCAACCAGCCCUGCAACCAGCGAUGCGGCCAGAGCCGAAACAACAAGCGACGGCGCGACGGCGCUGGCGGCCGAGAGCUGGCCGAGCAUCGGCGCCGAGUUAGCGUUGCCGCCCACCACCAGGUCAUCGACGGUCAGCCGCUCCGUGAGCGUGCACCGCUUGGGCGUGGCAGUCGGGUCGGCGGCAUCGACGUCGAUCCACACCGGCGGGUCGGCCUUGCAAUCGAGCUUGGUCGAGGCAAACGCCUGCACACGGGCAGUGUUGAUAAACUCAUUGUAUCCGAUCGA